UUUGUCCCGUGACGCACACACCUGUAGGCCUAUGCACCAGUCAUUCAGCUUUCACACGGCCGCUAGCCUAGUUUUAUUCUUCACACGAAAUCAGCAGCUGAAGGCAUUACCUCAUGGUGCGCAUGCUCCACUACCGCUUCUCCUUGCGCCUGAAGGCCCUGGCGUUGACCUGUGCCCUCUUGGUCACACUGCUGCUGGUGGCACGCCAACGGGUAGAGGAGGACACCUUGGCCCCAGUCCCCUGGCCCCUAGGUCUCCCCAGGACACAUGAGUGGGUCAACGCCUUCCUCCGGGACCGGGCCCAAGCCACCAACAACAGCAUCUCCUUCCAGAUUGUGCCGCCUCUCAAGCUGUCCUCCUCCUCAGAGGCCGCUGCUCCUCUCUGCCCCUCAGGGUUUUACACCAGGCAUGAGUUGAGGCCUCAUCUGCCCAGGCCUCCAGAGCAGCCGUCCAGCCCGGGAGCCUACGGCCUAGCCUUCGUGCCAGGGCACCUGAGUGCAGAGGAGCUGAGGGAGAGGGAGAGAGGUCUGAAGACGCACUGCUUCAAUCAGUUUGCCAGUGACCGCAUCUCUGUGCACCGCGGCCUGGGGAACGACACACGCCCACCAGAGUGUGUAGACCGCUUGUUCCGCCGUUGCCCUGGCUUGCCAUCCACCAGUGUCAUCAUCGUGUUCCAUAACGAGGCCUGGUCUGCACUCCUGCGCACGGUGUACAGCGUGCUCCACACCACACCUGCUGCCCUGCUCCGAGAAAUCAUCCUGGUGGAUGACGCCAGCACGUUGGAGUUUUUAAAGGAGCCUUUGGAGCAGCAUUUUCAGGCUCUGAAGUUGGUGCGUGUCCUCCGUCAGCAGGAGAGGAAAGGGCUGGUACCUGCCAGGCUGAUGGGGGCACGGGAGGCGCGCGGAGAGGUCCUCACAUUCCUGGACUCACACUGUGAGUGUUUCCACGGCUGGCUGGAGCCCCUGUUGGCACGUAUCGUGGAGGAGCCCCACGCGGCGGUUAGCCCCGACAUCGCCGUCAUCGACAAGGACACACUGGAGCUCAGCAGGCCCAAUCCCACCGCACAGGCUUACAACCGCGGCAAGUUUGACUGGAGCCUGACCUUUGGUUGGGAGCCAAUACCCAGCCGGGAGAGAAAGAGUCGAAAGGAUGAGACCUACCCAGUAAGGACUCCAGUGUUCGCUGGGGGCCUCUUCUCGAUAUCAAAAGCUUUCUUUGAGCAUAUUGGAAGUUAUGACGACAAAAUGAAGAUCUGGGGAGGAGAGAACAUUGAGAUGUCCUUCAGGGUAUGGAUGUGUGGGGGCAGGCUGGAGAUUAUUCCCUGCUCGGUGGUGGGCCACAUAUUCCGCACCACUAGCCCACACUCCUUUCCCGAGGGCACCGGUGUGAUCACGCGCAACCAGGUGCGUCUGGCCGAGGUCUGGAUGGGCGAGCACAAGAAGAUAUUCUACCGCAUCAACAAGAAGGCUGCAGAAAUGGCUCGUCAAAAGUCUUACGGCGACAUUUCAGAACGACUCAAGCUCAAGGAGAGCCGGAACUGUAAGAACUUCACCUGGUACCUGAACCAUGUCUACCCGGAGGCCUUCAUCCCCGACAUGAACCCAGCUCUCUAUGGAGCGAUUAAGAACCCGGGGUCGGAGAUGUGUCUGGACGUGGGCCAGGAGAACUCAGGAGGGAGGGCUGUUAUCAUGUACCCGUGUCACAACAUGGGUGGCAACCAGUAUUUUGAGUUCACUGCACAGCAAGAACUGCGGCACAGUGUAGGACGGCAGCUGUGUCUCCACGCGACCCGGACCCCAUCUCCGGUCAGGGUGGACCCAUGUCAAUUCAGGGGCAAGGGGACAGAGGUGGCUCCACAGCAAGAGUGGACCCUCACUCUAUUGUUCCCAAAGAUGUACCUCCUGGAGAGUGCUAUUCUGAAGAAGUGUUUGACCUUGGAAGGACAUAAAGUGAUCAUGAAGAAAUGUGACCCUAUCAACCCCAACCAGCACUGGGCAUUUACCUAACCUUAUGUGUUUGCUGACAUCAGAUGAACCCAAAGAAAUCUAACAAUGACUUGGAUUGUGUACAACAACUAUCACAGUAUAUGGUUCCACAUUAUGGCAAUUAAUAAAGGAAAUCUAAACUCCUAAAAUCCUCUUCAGUGAAAUGGAUUUAACAGUAGGCCUACUGUAUUUGAGUUGUCCUAACACUUAUUCAGCCAUAGGCGGCGCCAAUGUACAGUGGAAAUAAUCAGCAACUUGGCCC